AGAUGUGACCCUGGGCAGAAUUAGAGGGACAUCUGUCCAGGGGCGUCUCUCAGUGAGCAGCCCUGACUGCUGCAGGCCCCCUCCGCCUGCUUUCCAGGGCUGGCGAGGCAGAGAGCAAGCCAGGCUCCGGGUCCCGGGCAGCCGUUGGAGGUAGGUUGCUGAGACCCUACAGAGGACAGCAGCGGGAGGGGAGGGGGCUGCUGGGGAGAGCACUGGCUCUGAUGGCCCGCCUCGCCUUCCUUUUCUCCCUCCUAGGGGCCCGGUGGGCAGAUCAGGCUGUGAUUCAUUCCCCUGCCCCAUGGAGCACAACGGGAGCGGGCUGUGGGGAAGGGGCUCCUCUUUCAAAGGCCUGGAGGAGUCUGUGGUGCUGCCCAUCUUCUCAGCUGCUGCUCAGGUCCGAGUGGGACUCACCCUGCUACUGUGUGUGAUCUCGGCCACCUGCAACCUGGCCGUGCUGUGGAGCGGCUGGACCAGGCCUGCGGCCAAGGGCUCCCACGCACGCCUGCUGCUCCUGCACCUGGCGGUGGCAGAUCUGCUGGUGGCCCUGGUGGUGAUGCCAAUAGACGCCGCCUGGAACAUCACGCUGCAGUGGCAGGCUGGAGACGUGGCCUGCCGGCUUCUCAUGUUCCUCAAGCUGCUGGCCAUGUAUGCCUCGGCCUUCGUCACCACUCUGAUCAGCCUGGACUGCCAAGCGGCCAUCUUACAGCCCCUGGCCACUGCCCGAGCUUGGCGCAAGAACCAGAUCUUGCUCUACGCGGCCUGGCUGAUGAGUGCCAGCCUCUCUGCUCCUCAGGUACCUCCCAGGGGCAAGGCUAGGGAUCCGUGGCCUUGGGGGGAGGGGGUGGACCCUUGCUCCAAAAUCUCCCAGUUCCUGCCAUUGCCCCUGCAGCUGUUCCUGUUCCACACGGUCACCAUCAGCUCCCCACAGAACUUCACCCAGUGCACGACCCACGGCUCCUUUGCCCAGCACUGGCAUGAGGUGGCUUACAACAUGUUUGGCUUCCUGGGCCUUUUUCUGCUCCCACUGCUGGUCAUGAGCGCUUGCUACACCCGGGUCCUGCUGGAGAUUUCGAGACACGUCAGCUCCUGCAACAGCUGGUCUGCCCAAGAGAUGCCCUUGCGCCGCUCGCGCAACCCCAUCCCGAGGGCGCGUCUUCGCCUGCUGCAUCUCAGCCUGGCCAUCGUCGGCUCCUUCGUGCUCUGCUGGACCCCUUACUACUUGCUGGGCCUGUGGUACUGGUUCUGGCCAGCAGGCAUGGAGGGGACAGUGAGCCCCUCGCUGGCACACAUCCUCUUCCUCUUUGGCUUGCUCAACGGCUGCCUGGACCCCAUCACCUACAGCCUCUUUGCUGGGCGCUGGCAGGGUGGGUGCCGCCGGGCAGCCGGGCAAGGGAAGCAGCUGCCCUCCCCCGUCACCGGCUCCUUCCAGGGCUCAGUGUCCUCUGUCCGCCCCACAAGAGGGGGCCGGCCGCUCCUCUCUGACACGGCCGAGGUGGCCCUGGGCUCAAGGCCUCCCCUGAGGGCAGCUCCGUGCCCCACUGACAGCCCUUCCAGCCAGUUCAGUGGGAAGGCUGUAUACAACAAUGAGAAUUUAAAUCGAAGGCAUAUUAAACUUAUACUGACCAUUACACUUGGAUAA